AUGGCUAACAAUAAACCAAGAAAUUUAAGAAUAGUCAUUGCAGAAGCAAAAGAGCUCAAAGCAAACAACACUCUGGCAGGUGCUUCCGAUCCGUUCACCGUAUUGAAAUUUAAAAGUACAACUUAUAAAACAGAUGUAAUAAAGAAUACUCUUACACCCCUUUGGAAUUAUAUUGUCGAUUUACAAAAUGUUGAAGAUAAUGAUAAUCUUGAUUUCGAAGUUUUUGAUUGGGAGAGAAUAGGAUCGAAUAAAUCGAUUGGAAAGGAGUGUAGGUCAUCGAUUCAAGCCGGUGAAUACAAAGUCGAGUAUAGUAUCACUUUCUACGCUGACACUGUCAACCUUCCCGAUGAAUGUAAAGUAAAACCAAUCAGAGUUGUCAACAUCGAAGAUACAAACUAUAAAUCAACGGCAUUACCUAUAAGUUUAAAUACAUCAAAAUCACCAUUAACUGGAGGAACGAUAGAGCUAAGUGUUUCAGCACCAAAGAACUGUUAUUCACCAGGUGAAGAUAUCGAAUUGGAUGUAAGGGUUGUCAAUAAGAGUAAAAAGACAAUCAAAAGAGUUGAUUUUUCAUUGAGAAAACGUGAGGAGCACAACGAUGUGAAAACUGUUCCCUUAAAAAUAGCUUCGGCCACCAAACAGUUCAUUUCAAAGGUUUAUGCUGGUGGAACUAUUAGUCAACCGAUGGCUUUUGAGCUACCAAACAAUUUGAUACCCUCUACUUUUAGUAAGGGUAUGUUAAGAUUGGAGUAUGAAUUGUGGGUGCAACUUGAUAUUCCAAACUGUGUAGAUCUGUAUCUACACGUCCCUAUCAAUGUGGUGUUCAGAGACCCUACCUUGGUAUUCCCACCCAAUUCGCUGACCGAGUGCUCACAGAUUCCAAACUACAUCAAAGAUUGGAACGAUCGUCAUGUCUACAGUUGGCUACUGUUGAAAAUGAAUGCACCCCCUGCUAUUGUUGCAGAGUUUGACCGGUUCAACAUUCAGGGAUGCGAUAUCAUGACUUUCGAUGAUGCGCUUCUCGAGCGAUUCUGUAGUGGUGCUGCAGAUAAGUCGCUUGAAAUUCUGAAUGCUCUGCGAAUGGAGAAGUAUCGCUGUGAAGGUGUUAGAUUGAUGUUGAAGAGUAUCCAACUACCUCAUAUUGUUAGUGACUUUGAAAAUCAAUGUAUAACCACAGAAACUCUUGGCAGCCUUACAGAUCAAGACCUCAGAGAAAUGAACAUUAAGAUUGGUGAUCGUAAGAAAAUUUUAGCUGCAAUUCAAAGUAUGAUGCGGAAACAUUAA